CUGUUUCAUUGCUCUCUCCCUCCACUCCCACAGACUAUAUGCACUAUAGCAGUAUCCUGAGUUUGAAAGUGUCUGUAUGUAUGGAUCCCUGAAUUUGCUGAGAGAUGGAGGAGCCUCAGAAAAAUGACCUGAGCAUGAGAGGGCAGGAAGAAGAUCAUCCUGUCAGAAGCAGUGGCCCUCAGAUUUCUGUGAGUGAGUUCUCCUGCCACUGCUGUUACGACACCCUGGUUAACCCCACCACCUUGAACUGUGGCCACAGCUUCUGCCGGCACUGCUUAGCAUUAUGGUGGAUGUCUUCAAAGAAAACAGAGUGUCCAGAAUGCAGAGAAAAAUGGGAAGGUUUUCCCAAAGUCAACAUUCUCCUCAGGGACGCCAUUGAAAAGUUAUUUCCUGAUGCCAUUAAAAUGCGAGUUGAAGAUAUUCAGCAGAAUAAUGAUGUAGUCCAAAGUCUUGCAGCCUUUCAGAAAUAUGGGAAUGAUCAGAGUCCCUUAGCUCCCAGCACAGGGAGAGUGAAUCAGCAGAGAGGAGGGGGAUUCUUCUCCGGCGUACUCACAGCUUUAACUGGUGUGGCAGUCAUCCUGCUUGUGUAUCACUGGCGAAGCAGAGAGUCUGAGCAUGGCCUCCUGGUGCACAAGGCUGUAGACAAAUGGACGACGGAAGAAGUUGUCCUCUGGUUAGAACAGCUAGGCCCUUGGGCCUCACUGUACAGAGACAGGUUCUUAUCUGAAAGAGUAAAUGGAAGGUUACUUUUAACUUUGACAGAAGAAGAAUUUUCCAGGGCACCUUACACCAUAGAAAACAGUAGCCACAGAAGAGUCAUCCUCAUGGAGCUGGAGCGCGUGAGAGCCCUGGGUGUGAAGCCACCACAGAAUCUCUGGGAAUACAAGGCUGUCAACCCAGGCAGGUCCCUGUUCUUGCUCUACGCCCUCAAGAGCUCACCAAGACUUGGCUUGCUAUACCUGUACUUGUUUGACUACACAGACUCCUUUCUACCCUUUAUCCACACCAUCUGCCCUCUGCAGGAAGACAGCUUUGGCGAGGACAUCUUCACCAAGCUUCUGGACCUGAGGGAGCCCACGUGGAAGCAGUGGAGAGAAUUCCUUAUCAAGUACUCCUUUCUCCCGUAUCAGCUGAUUGCAGAGUUUGCCUGGGACUGGCUGGAGGUCCACUACUGGACAUCGCGCUUCCUCAUCGUCAAUGCCAUGCUGCUGUCUGUUCUGGAGUUGUUCUCUUUUUGGAGGAUCUGGUCAAGAAGCGAGCUGAAGACAGUGCCCCAGAGGAUGUGGAGCCACUUUUGGAAAGUAUCGACGCAGGGGCUUUUCAUGGCCAUGUUCUGGCCGCUCAUUCCCCAGUUUGUCUGCAACUGUUUAUUUUACUGGGCUCUGUACUUCAACCCAAUUAUUAACAUUGAUCUGGUGGUCAAGGAAGUCCGACGACUGGAAACCCAAGUGUUAUGAUCAGCAGCAAGGCCCUGAGAGAGCCCGCAAAUCUACCUGACAUCCAAGUUGUGACAUUCAAAGAGACAAGGGACUUAUUUCUACCCCUGGUAAAGCAAGGUGCUGCUUCUGUGUGUCAAGGCUUCAACCAGGUCCCUUGUCCUCUGACUCUGGCACCAUGCCAGGUAACUGCUAUCCAGGUGAGGCAAGACUCUGUGGUCAACACCCAGCCAGUCUUCUUACAGGGCUUGAGAGGCUCAGGCUACUAUGGCCAACAGAAGUGGGAGUCUUGGACAUGAUUUGGGGUGGCAUGCUGUCAAAAGGCUAAUAUAGGCUGUGUGUGGUAGUACACACCUUGAAUCUGAGCACUUGGAAAACAGAGACAGGUGGAUUUUUUUUAGUUCAAGACCAGACUGGUCUACAGAGUGAGUUCCAAGACAGCUGGGCUACACAGAGAAACCCUGUCUCCAAAACAAUCAAAUCAAAACAAAAGGAAGAAAAGAUAAAAAGGAAGGUUAUGAUGGUCAGUGGCCUUAACCUCACUGACUGACAGGCUCCCAAACCAGGCUUAUUGGGCCAGUUCUGUCACAUGAGUCACAUUUAGGAAAACAAGGGUAGGUUUUUGUCAUAGGCAUAGAUAAUUGCACAUAGAAAAUAAAGAGAAAGAGAAAACUUGAGGCUGAGAGACAGUGAUGGCUAGCUGUGUUGUUUCCUGUUGUGAUCAUUGGAAACUGAGCUCUCCUUUCUGUGAGCAGGGUGUCCAAUGGAAUGCCCGUGAGGCUGUCUUCUUAGGUGACUGAGAGCACUACUUGGUGUUUUGUUUAAAUGUGGAAUAGACUGUUCAAGGAAGCAUUUUGUAGGGUACCCUCAUACUGUAUAAUGGAUAAUCUUUAUUGUCCUGUUCUUUAGUAUAAAAGCAUGUAUAACUAUGCCAAGUGCUACCAUCAUGAAUAUGGAGUAAGCUGGUGUGUGCUGGUGUAGAUGUAGUAUAUAGCAGAUGUAGAGUGCGAGCUCAUCAGCCUUGGCCUACCUAAAACAGCAUCCAAAGUGUGAGAGUGUGGGGGGGAGGUAAGUAUAUAGGUGUGUGAGGGGGGUGGUGAGUGUAUAGGUGUGUGAGAGAGAAAGAGACAGAGACAGAAAGAGAGAGACAGAGACUUAGUAAUUCAUUAACCCUUUGUAUCUCAGAGUGAAUUUCACUUAAACUUUGCAUUGAAAGUUUGAAAAAUUACUUGAAAUAAAUAAUUAAAAAUUUUUAUAUAAAUACAA